AUGGGAUAUGAUGAGCCAAAACCACCAUCUGUUCAGGCAGCUGUUCAGGAAAGGAUAGUUGGGGAAGAUGGAGAAGCAAUGGAAAGUUCUCAAGGGAACAUGAAGAUAAAAAUAAUUUCCAAGGACAAUGACACUGAGGCAACUGAGUUUGUUUUUCUGGGCUUGACCAGCAGACCUGAGUUGCAGCCCAUUCUUUUCAUGGUGUUUCUGUUGAUUUACCUCAUCACCCUGACUGGGAACCUGGGCAUGAUUUCUCUAAUCUGAGUCACCCCUCAGCUGCAAACCCCCAUGUAUUUCUUCCUCACCCAUUUAGCAUGUGUAGACAUCUUCUAUUCCACCAAUGUCUCCCCUCAAAUGCUUGUCAACUUCUUAGCUAAGAAGAAGACCAUCUCAUACACUGGGUGUCUGACUCAGUGCUUUGUUUUUGUGACUCUACUCCUUACUGAGUAUUAUAUGCUUGGUGCCAUGGCCUAUGACAGGUACAUGGCCAUUUGCAAUCCUUUACACUACAGCAGCAAAAUGUCCAAGCCAGUUUGCACCUGCCUGGUCACUUUCCCCUAUCUCUGGGGAUCAAUGGUGGGUACGAUGCAGGUGAUACUGACCUCUCGCUUGUCCUUUUGUGGACCCAACACCAUCAACCAUUUCUACUGUGCUGACCCACCCCUCUUAAUGCUGACAUGUUCUGACACUUAUGUAAAGCAAACUGCCCUGUUUGUGUCAGCGGGAAUUAACCUCACAGGCUCGCUGCUCAUCAUCUUCGUCUCCUAUGUUUUCAUCUUUAUUACCAUCCUGAAAAUCCGUUCCAGUGAAGGACAGUGCAAAGCCUUCUCUACCUGCGGCUCCCACCUGACAGCUGUCACCAUGUUCUAUGGGUCCCUGUUCUGUAUGUAUCUGAGACCAGCAAAUGAGCAAUCUGUGGAGCAAGGGAAAAUUGUGGCAGUGUUUUGUAUUUUUGUGAGCCCUAUGCUGAAUCCAUUUAUCUACAGCCUGAGGAACAAGGAUGUGAAACGGGCUUUGAGAAGAGUGUUUAUGGGGAGUCUGGGUAGAAUGAAAAGUUCAAUAGUUACAGUUUCUCAAUAA